AUGGGCUGCACCCUGAGCACGGAGGACAAGGAGGCGGUGGAACGGAGCAAAAUGAUCGAUCGGAACCUGAGGGACGAUGGCGAGAAGGCGGCCCGGGAGGUCAAGCUGCUGCUGCUGGGUGCCGGAGAGUCGGGCAAGAGCACCAUCGUCAAGCAAAUGAAAAUCAUCCACGAGGCGGGCUACUCGGAAGAAGAGUGCAAGCAGUACAAGGCGGUGGUGUACAGCAACACCAUCCAGUCCAUCAUCGCCAUCAUCCGAGCCAUGGGCCGCCUCAAGAUAGACUUUGGCGACGCCGCCCGAGCCGACGACGCGCGGCAGCUGUUCGUGCUGGCGGGCUCGGCCGAGGAGGGAUUCAUGACGGCCGAGCUGGCCGGCGUCAUCAAGCGGCUGUGGCGGGACGCCGGCGUCCAGGCCUGUUUCGGACGCUCCCGAGAGUACCAGCUCAAUGAUUCAGCCGCCUACUACCUGAACGACCUUGAGCGUAUCUCUCAAGGCGCGUACAUCCCCACGCAGCAGGACGUUUUGAGGACUCGCGUAAAGACCACCGGCAUCGUGGAGACGCACUUCACCUUCAAGGAUCUUCAUUUCAAGAUGUUCGACGUGGGCGGUCAGCGCUCGGAGCGCAAAAAGUGGAUCCACUGCUUCGAGGGCGUCACCGCCAUCAUCUUCUGCGUGGCGCUCAGCGACUACGACCUGGUGCUGGCCGAGGACGAGGAGAUGAACCGAAUGCACGAGAGCAUGAAGCUUUUCGACAGCAUCUGCAACAACAAGUGGUUCACCGACACGUCCAUCAUCCUCUUCCUCAACAAGAAGGACUUGUUCGAGGAGAAGAUCAAGAAGAGUCCGCUCACCAUCUGCUACCCGGAGUACGCAGGCUCCAACACGUAUGAGGAAGCGGCGGCCUACAUCCAGUGUCAGUUCGAAGACCUGAACAAGCGCAAGGACAGCAAGGAGAUCUACACGCACUUCACCUGCGCCACCGACACCAAAAACGUGCAGUUCGUCUUCGACGCCGUCACCGACGUCAUCAUCAAGAACAACCUGAAAGACUGCGGCCUCUUCUGA